AUGAAAUUUUCAUCCGUCCUGUUCUCCGUCUCCGUCUUUGUCCUUUCCGCUUUAGCACAAACGACAGAAACCCUUUCAUAUGACAGCACGUACGAUGACGCCACCCUCUCCCUUUCCAGCGUCGCUUGUUCAGAUGGUGCCAACGGGCUUGAGACAAAGGGAUACGCGACCCUUGGAUCACUUCCCACAUUCCCUAAUGUCGGCGGUGUCUACACCGUGACGGGGUGGAAUUCCGCUGCGUGCGGGGCCUGCUAUAACGUCACAUACGGGGGUAAAUCUGUUGCUAUCCUCGCGGUCGACGUAUCCAAAACCGGCUUCACUGUUUCAGAGUCGGCCAUGAACACCUUGACUGGUGGCCUGGCCGUUGAGCUGGGAAGAGUGGAUGCUACGGCAACCCAAGUGGAUGCGUCAGAAGUUUCUUCUGCGUCUGGACUCUGACUCUGAGUGCCAGACAGACAAUAAUGUUCAAGCUGAGACUUGGGACUUACGGUUUCGAUGGACUUGAAUCGCAUAUCAAAAUUAGCUGAAUAAACGGACAACAGGCUCUUUGUGGAGUGGCUUUCAUAUGUAGACUGCGGUUAUUUGGACUUAUCGACUCUGUACUUACCUGCAUCGUCCAUGGAUACUUUACGUAGUGUCACAGACUUGACAGUGUUACAGACCAAUUGUAGAUAUCGCAGCAUAUUCCAUACAGCAUUUUGUGCAAAACUUGAAGGAGG